AUGCAUGUGUGCACCUGGGUUAUACUGAUAGCAGUGCUGCAACAUGUGACGAGGUUGCUGGAGCCUGAAAUCAAAGCAGAGUUUUGUCUUUCUGCAGGCUGCCUCUCCGUGCCUCUGUUUAAUCAAAGGAAGAGGAGCAGGCUGCCUUUCACGUCUAAUCCCUCUGAGAUUUUUGGUCAGAGUAGUCAAUGGAACCAGCAAGCCAAUCUUUCAUCACAGCAAGCAGGUGGGAGAUAUACUCCUUCACCUGGUAUGGCAGGACGAGGAUACACACCUUUACCCCACCCCAGGAAACCAGCCUAUGCCUGGCCACAAGUAGGGCAACAAAGGCCUCCAGUAAGACAGGAUUCAAUGGCAAAUCAGAUUCAUGGUGGCUUUCCAAGCAGUAGCUCAGCCUCGUUCGGCCAGCCCAGUUGGUCCAGUGGCAUCCAGAAUCAGCAGUCAUUUAACAGGCCGACAAAUGCCUUCAGAAUGCCGUACCGUCCCCAGCAGUGUUCAUCAGCAGCAGGAAACACUCAGGGCCCUCUGAAUCACAGCGGCACGUGGAACUUCAGACCUGUUGGACCAUCCACCAGUGGAAUGUGGCCAAAAGAAAAAAUUGACACCUCAGUUGUUCAAACCACACCAAAGCAGCAGAAGCCCAGUCGUGAGACAUCGAUGCGUGUUAUUACUGCUGUAAUUGAAGGCAUGAAGCACUGGAGCCAGUACAAGAACCGGGUACCUAUGCUAUUCGAGAUCUUUGCUACUCUGGACUCAGCAGUUACAGUUGGAGAACACGGCGCAAAGAAAUUCCUCAUGAGGGACGAUAAACAUGUGGUCCAGUGUCUUUACUAUGAAAACGACCAGACACUGCCCAGACUGAUCAGAGGUCAGGUGCAUCGCUGCGUUGGAAACUACGACAGGGAUAAAGACAUAAUGAAGUGUGUGUCCGUGCGAGCUGCUUCACUGUCAGAGCAAAAAAAUGCCCAGGAGGCUGUGAGAGCGUCAGACGCAGAGUUGAGGAAUGUGCUGCUGACUCUGAGUGAAAUCUGAUGUGCAUCCAGGAGGUAGAACAGUCGAAACAUUAAAUCAACACAGACUUUUAUGGAAGUGGGGCUUGGUUUUGUUUUAGUUGUGAUCUAGUUU